AUCGGGGAGUAUGACGUGCCAAGCUUAAACGACAUCUAAAAGGUUGAGUAUAUAGAGGGGCACCCAACGUCCAACUGGUAGGUUGUAAUAGUAGUUAAAUCCAAACGACAACUUUAUCAUAACAUCCCAACAAUUCUAUUCCAAUAAUUCAAGAAAUAUACUCUAACAAUUCACACAAAAUGGGAAUCGGAGCAAAGAUCAAGGAGGCCCUUCACAGCGACAAGGAGACUUCUCACGAUUCUUCUAACACACAUCAGACACCUGGAUCGUACCCUUCAGAAACGGUGCCACGCACGAACGAUAAGACUAGCACACAUGGGAGCCAGGGACUGAACACAACGUCAGGCACGAGGACUGGAAACUCGGGAGACUAUACAUACGGUUCCAAUACCGGCCCCACCAGCCAUACAGGGACCAUUGGUCAACACAAAGAGGCCGCCCACGGCCUUCACGGGUCGAAGGCAGCCAGCAACGCCGACCCACGCAUUGAGCCCGGCUCUACCGGACUCGGCCACACCACCCACCAAACCGGCACUGGCACUUCUGGUGGUUAUGCCGCUGGGACGACGGGUGAGGGUGUUUCCGGUCCUCAUGGUUCCAGAGUAGGCAAUACUCUCGAUCCUCGUAUUGAUUCAGACCGGGAUCACCGUGGUGCUCCUGGAUCCGGCCUCGGCCACAACACCCACAGCACUACCACCAAUACCAGCACAACGACCGGUACCCACACUGGUCCUUCCGGAGCAACCGGUGCUCCUGGCAACUAUUCGGGCAGUGAGGGUGCUUACGGUCCCCACAGCUCAAGGGUUGGCAAUAGCCUCGACCCGCGCGUUGAUUCCGACCGUGAUCACCGCGGCGCUACCGUUGGCACCAACGCUCAUCACGGUCCCACUGGCACAUCAACACACAACAAGCUCACCAAAGAAGCCAAGGACCCAUACUGGGGUGAUUCCCACCGCGCAGGAAUCAACGAGCCGGGUUCUCACAUUGGUGCUCACGAUCGUUCGGGCCACAGCCUAGACUCGCGUCAGGUAAAUGACGAGUACAACCGUACUGGAGGUGGCCAUGACUAUGAUCCUUACCGCCAUGACAGUUCAGGCGCAACAUCCAACCUGCCUCACCGUCCCGUUGAGUCGAAAGUGACUCCCCGGGAUCGAAAAAUCCAAGAGUAUGACGCCCCAACAGCUAGUUCUGACUACCAAGGUCAUGGACUGGGAGCUACUGGGGCUGGCCUCGCUGGAGGAGCUGCCGCGGGGUUCGGCGCUUCCAAGUUGGCAGAUCGUCACCACGAACAAGAUUUGCGCGAGAACGACCCUUCGUACGGCUCUCAUCACCACAGCGGCUCCCGAGGCAAUGAUGUCUAUGGCAACACUGGGUCACGGGAGCGCACGUCUGGUGCUGGACUCGGCCUGAAUGACCCUCAUGCCGUUAACACUGCGACCCAGCCUGGUACUGGCGCCGGUACGAGCAUGCUUGACCCGUACGGCACAAGCACCGUCUCUGGCACCAGCGGAGUCCAUGCUCCAGGGCGCGGACACACCCAGAACACUACGGCCGGUCAUCGCGAGGGCGAAAAUGGUCCUCACAACUCUCGCGUUGCAAACAGCUUGGACCCAAGGGUCGACUCUGACCGCGAUCACCGUGGUGCUCCAACAGGCUCUUCCACUGUUAUCCCCAGUGGUUCCAAUUAUGACAACUCAUAUGAUCACGGCCACGGUGGGCAACACGGGGCAGGCGGUGACUCGCACUUGAGACUCAGGGACUCGAGUGACCACAGCAACAACGCAGCCGGCCCUUGGAGUAGUGGCACUCAAGAUAAGCACUCUGGUAUCGGCGGCUCAGGAUACGAUCAUGAGAACCCUAGCCAAGGUGCUUCUAGCGGUGCUGGUCCUGGCCACUUUGGACCCAGUCACCCGGGUGCCAAGGUCUUCCACAAGUGCCACAACUGUGGGACAGAUAAUGAUAUCUCGAAGCACUUCAGUAAAGAUGCGGUAUACCGGUUAGGUUAAAUAACUGUUCUUAUAUCGGCA